UGAUAUUUUCAGGGUCAAUGUUCAAAAAUCAUUUUCUCUAUUGAAAUGUAAAGGAAAUGUUAGUGUCAAGUUUCGAAUAAGAAUGGUUUAGUAUAUAAAGUGGUACCAUUCUUUUUUGUCACAAUUAACAUGGAUUGUGACGUUUAGUGGAAUAUAACCUUUGUAGUUUAAUGAUAUUUUCAUUUAAACUUCAUGUUUGGGAAAAGAGGGACGGAAAUUACCGAUAGAUCAUGAUAUUACAAAAAAAAUGAAAUUUAAAUAUUUUGAGCGCGUUUUGAUGUUAUACAAUAAUAAGACACUGUUGACUUAGUUCAUAAUUAUAGUAAAAUUUAAUGUUUUACGUCCGUUCUACCAAACGUUUUUUGGGAAUAUUUUCAGUUUAAUUGAAUGUUUGAAAACCACACGGUUUGGAUAAUUUGGAAAAUGAAGGUACUUCAAGCGAUGCAGAGGACCAACCAGAUGGAAGUAAUGCAUUUACACGUCCAUCUACCCAAGGAGCUUUUGGGCAACACGCAAAUGAGCAAGGCGGUGGAAAUAACCCUGAUAUUGGUUCUGCUAGAAGACCUUUUAGGCAACAGGAAAAUGAGGAAGGCGGUGGAAAUCACCCGGAACCUGGUGUUGCCAGAAGAACUUUUAGGCAACAGGCAAAUGAGCAAGGCGGUGGAAAUAACCCGAAAAAUGGUGCUGCUAGAACGUGUUGGGGGACGGUGGGAUGCUAUUCGUAUGCACAGGGUUGCGGUUUGCAGAGGCUGCGUUUUUUGCUCGUCGGAUAUUCAUCCUAGUUUUUAUGAGCCUGUGUCACGUCCAACGGAUCAGCUCAAUAUAGACACAGAAACCGCAAAACAGGAAAAAAAGGUUGAAAACAUAACAAUGGUUUAAAAGUCCGUAAGGAAUUGACGUCUGUCAUUAUCAAUACCGUCCAAGAAAUAUUACAAACGGAGAAUGUCCUUAUCAGAUCGCGUUAAGGGGCGAGUAAAUCAAGUUCCAAAUGUGGAAACAUAAAAGCUGUUACUUUUUCAGUACAUCUAACUAAUGGCAUUGCGAGGCUUUCACAAACCACUUCUUCUAACACUGUUACACAUGUGUUGAUAACUGAUGAGAACGUGCUCGAACUGUCUAUAAGCAGGAUGUCACGAGAAUUACGUCGGAAGAAUGUGACGACAGUGCAAUAAUCUUUCUAAAGGAACCACUGGCGGCUUCCAGUUUAAAGAUGAGGGUCAGCCAUGAUUGCUUUAAAGAACCGGUCAAUGGUACCAAUAUUAUGAGACCUGUCAGAAGAUAGCGUUUACCAGACAUGGAAAUUAUUGAAACUUAAAGUUGUAGACGACAAAUGUUCAGCAGCAAGCAAGAAAUUUAUGAACAUCCUACCAGAAUAUAUAGAUGCCAUAGCUGGAGUUCUCGUAAAACAAUCAUGUUAUGAAAAUUUCUAAAUUUAACUUAAUCUACGAAAAAAGGGACAAGGCCCGUAACUUGACAUCACAAGAACUUGAAAAUAAAUCAAUUGAAAAAAGAAACGCGUGUGCAGGAGGGAGUUGAGAGAAAAAAUGAAGGUUGCAAAAUAGAAAAUAAAGAAGGAAAAGGAAGAUGCUGUAAAAUCGAAAAUAGUCAAAUGCAACACUUAUCACACCUGCUAGCACCAUCUUAAGCGGAAUUCUAUCACAGUUCAAACUCUUCUGCGUUACAUGCUAGUUUAUAGCUAGGUAGAACAAAAAUAAACUUUAGCGAUGAACUUUUAUCAGUAGAUUCAAUAUGUGUAUAUAUACAGGAUAUUUCAAACAAUAAAAAACUCAAUUUAAAGUUCAUUCAAUUUAUUUGUAUCUAAAUUAAGUAAUAAAGUUAGAAUCUGUAUACUUUUAAUAGUUUUAAAGAUUGUUAUUUCAAAUAAAGUUGUC